AUGCCACACUCGGUCGCUUCAGGUGGCUCUCCAGCCUCUCAUAAAGACGAGGAACUCCUCCCAGAUGCUCCUCCAACCGAAAAUACUGCCGACACCUCGGAGCUCAAUGGAGACAACAUUGCGGAGAAGACUGCCGGUGUGAAGCUAGAAGACCUCUUCAACGACGAAGAUGAUGACGAUAACGAGUUCCCAGCUUCCAGCGCACCUACCGAUGUCAAAAUGGAGAAUACUAGUGCACCAGCGCGGCCGCCUGUUGAAGUCGAUACAGAAACCAUGCUAGCUUUCUACCAACGCCUAUUCCCCUUUCGCUAUCUGUUUCAAUGGCUGAAUCAUGGGAUCGUUCCUUCACCUGACUUUGGAAAUCGCGAGUUCGCCUUGACACUACAGAACGAUGCUUAUCUACGAUAUCAAUCAUAUACAACUGCGGAUCUUUUUCGCAAAGAUAUCCUGAAGAUGAACCCUUCGCGUUUCGAAAUUGGUCCCGUCUACAACAGAAACCCCCGAGAUCGCAAGACGUUGGGCAGUGGACAACUUAAGCCUCUCUCGAAAGAACUAGUGUUCGAUAUUGAUUUGACCGAUUACGAUGACAUCCGUUCGUGUUGCACGAAGGCAAAUAUCUGUGAAAAGUGCUGGGCUUUCGUGACAAUGGCUAUCAAAGUCGUCGACACCGCCCUCCGCGAGGACUUCGGUUUCAAACAUAUCCUAUGGGUUUAUUCAGGUCGUCGUGGUGCUCACGCCUGGGUCUGUGACUCCCGCGCGCGAAGCCUCCCGGAUGAUCGGCGACGGGCUAUUGCGGGCUAUCUAGAUCUCAUCAGGGGAGGAACGCAGAGCGGCAAGCGCGUCAACCUCAAACGCCCUCUCCAUCCCCACAUUAACCGCAGUCUCGAAAUCCUGAAGCCAUAUUUCGCUCAGACAACCCUCAUCGACCAAGACACCUUCUUGAGCUCCGAACAAACCCAGCGUCUUCUCUCCUUACUGCCAGACAAGGGCCUCAACGACUCCCUUCGAAAGAAAUGGGACUCUGCGCCCAACCGCUCCAGUACCAGCAAAUGGGCUGACAUCGACGCCCUCGCCAAAACUGGCAAAAGCUCAACACUAAAUACCACCUCACUGCGCGACGCAAAGCAGGACAUCGUUCUCGAGUACACAUACCCUCGCCUCGAUUCCGAGGUCAGCAAGAAGAUGAUCCAUUUGCUCAAAAGCCCAUUUGUCAUCCACCCUGGAACUGGUCGCGUCUGUGUUCCCAUCGACAUUCGCAAUGUCGAGAGCUUCGAUCCCCUCUCCACGCCAACCGUUUCUCAGCUCUUGUCGGAAAUCGAUGCCUGGGAUGCAGAGCAUCCUGGUGGUGGUAUGGCGGAGGGUCCAGAAGGCGAGGGAAGUGUGCCGGAUGGCUCUGAUGCUAGGGGAAAUCGCAGGCUCCAGGACUAUGAGAAAACUAGUCUCAAGCCGUACAUUGAUUAUUUCCGUUCUUUCAUCGCCGGGCUUCUGAAAGAGGAGCGCACGGGGAAGCGGGAGCGGGAUGAUGAGCCUGCGGAGGUCAAGACUGAAAGUAUGGAGUUUUGA